UAUUCAUAAAUAUACGAAAACUAAACUAUUCAUUUUUAGAAAUCAUCAAGCCAACGAUAUGAGUGAAGUACAGACCCUGAUGGAUAUGGGUUUCCCUCGGGAACGUGUGGAGUAUGCACUGGAGGUGACCAGUAACAAGGGAGUAGAACCGGCAAUGGAGUGGCUACUGGCCCACGUGGAUGAUCCCAUACCAUCCCGUCCAAGUGCCGGGGAAUCCCCUGGUCCUGGAGCCCAGCCAGCUGCGGCUGUGGAUUCCUCGGCCGGAGCAGCGUCCAGUAGCACCAGUGGCGCCGGUGAAACUUCUGCUCCGGUAGCCAAGUCGCUGAAAUGCGACGAAUGUGGCAAAGUUCUUAGAGAUCACACCGAAGUGGAGUACCAUGCCGCCAAAACCGGUCACAGCCAAUUCUCCGAAUCGGAGGAGGAAAAGAAGGCUCUCACCGAAGAGGAGAAGAAGGCCCAGCUGGCCCUCAUCGAGGAGAAGCUCAAGCAGAAGCGCAUCGAACGCGAGGAGCGCGAAAAAACCGAAGCACUGCAGCGGGAGAAGAAUCGCAUCAAGUCCGGCAAGGACAUGACCGAGGCCAAGCGACGCAUGGAGGAGCUGGAGAUGAAGAAGAUCGUUGAGCAGCGCAAGCGCGAAAAGGAUGAGGAGAAGGCGGCCCGCGAUCGGGUGAGGGCUCAAAUCGAGGCGGACAAGGCAGCACGGAAGGCUAGAGAACAAAAGGAAUUGGGUAACACAGAGCCAGCUCCAUCCGUGAGCUCCACCACAGUCUCAUCGCCACCGGCUGGUGUGAAAUCUCCGCCGCGAGACUACACCGAAACCCGCAUCCAGGUGCGCCUGCAGGACGGCUCAACGCUCCAGGAAACUUUCAACGUCAAGGAGCAGCUGUCCGCCGUGCGUGUUUUCAUCCAGAUGAAGACUGGCAUCGAGUCGCCCUUCUCCCUGAUGACCACCUUUCCGCGCAAACUGUUCGCCGAGGACGAUUACGAGAAGCCGCUGGAAGUGCUGGGCUUGGUUCCAUCCGCCGUCAUCACCAUGACCAAGACGCCCGCAUAAAUCUGCCCUUCAAACUGGGAAUAGGAAAUCUGGAAAUCUCCUACAAACUAUGCAGAAUGUUUAGAACUUAAAUAUAAAAGAAACGCGGCGCGAUAUUCCCCUCCCAAAAAAAGGUAAACAUUUAAUGUACGAUUUUUUAUAUAUAUUAAACGCAAAAAACUAAAAAACGUAAA